AUGGACAAAGUACAGUUUCAAUUGGAAGCUACUCUACCAGAGUUGAAAGAUUUGUACGAGAAAGGGUUAUUCACCAAGAGCGAGAUCAAUCAAAUAACCAAAAAACGAACAGCCUUCGAAACGUCUUUAGUCCGUCGGGUGACCCGUAAAGAGGAUUUCUUCAAAUAUGCAGAGUACGAAAUCAACCUGGAGAGAUUGAGGAAAGUGAGAUAUAAGAAAUUGAACUACCAUCUUAACCCCCCUCCACCUUCUGCUUCCUCUUUCUCACUACCUCGAAGAGCACUUUACAUACUCAAGAGAGCCACGGCGAAAUUCCCUGGCGAUCUGGCAACAUGGUUAGCUUAUGUGGAGUUUGCAAGUAGAGAGGGAAUGAGGAAGGUCGUAGGGAAGGGAUUAAACAGCGCAUUACAACAUCAUCCUACCUCUUCGACCCUCUAUCUCCUACAGACAUACUAUCAUCUUCAUCCAGGUUCACCAUUUCCCCGAGAAUCCAUACCAUCCACAUCCAAACUCGACUUGCCAUCCGCCUCAUCAUCCACUAACCAAGCACCUGGGUUCGCAAUAGAAGGGAUAGACCCUGCUCGUACUACUUUACUCCUUGGUUUGAGAUUGUUACCCCAAUCGAGGGAUCUAUGGAGGGAAUAUGUGAAACUUGAAUUAGGUUGGGUAGAAGCAUUACGCAGGAGAUGGAAAUUAUUAGGUAUCAAAGAUCAAAAUCAGGAUGCACCGUCACAGGUUGAGGGUGAGGAUGUUCAGAAAGAUCAGGAUGCGCUGAGAGGGGGAGAAGGAGCGUUUGGAGAAGAAGGUGAAGAAGCUAGAAAAUCAAUCUUAGCUGGAGAAUUGGUCAUUCAUGCUUUAUCGUCUGCACUUGAAUCUAUACCUUCAACUUGUUCCACAACAGAAGAAGAGAAACUGGAUGGUAUGGGAUUUAGAGAAAAUCUCAUUCAGCUAUUCAGGAAUUAUCCUUCACCAUUACGACUCAAAUGUCUGAAUGUGCUAUAUGAGGACUUACAGAGUGUAUCAGAACAGUCAGACAACAGCAGAAUGGCUGCCAAAGCCGGGUUAUUAUUGUUGAACAAAGGAUUGUAUGAUAGGGAGUAUAACCCUGAAGAUAGACCCAGCAAAGAAGGUGAAUCUGUACUGGAUGGAGUGGCGUUGGUAGAAGAAUUAGGCAAGAUCGGUAAAGAGAUUAGGAAGUCGAUCAAGGGGAAAGGGCAGAAUAAGGAUUGGAUAGAAGUAGUAGGAUUAUGGUUGAUCGAACAAAUUGGAAAAUUGGAGGAUAAGAUUGAAGUGCGAGAAUAUCUUUCUUCAAUCCUAUCCUCUCUCACCAAACCUUCUUUACUUCCCCCCUCAUCACUCCUUAUCGCUCACUUGUCCUAUUUUUCUUCUUCGCCGAAUUUGGAUAUUGCUCGAUCGUACGCUCUCAUAUACCCUUCGAAUCCCUCCAUCCAACUAUACAGACUUACAGCUGAAGUACAACUUUCUACGGAUGCGAACCAAACAUGCAAGACAUGUGAAGAGGUUGUUAGAGCCGUCACAAAAUCUGGUCUGUCCGAAGAAGAAGGAGAAGAUGUGAGAUCAAUAUGGAAAUUAUGGAUAGAUAAAGAACUGCAAAAUCCUGAUGGCAAUUUGGAAGAAAGGUGGAAAGUGAUUUUGAGAGAAUCGAUGAAAUUGGGUGUACAUGUACGGGAUUUGCAUGGGGACGUACUUGGAUACUACAUCAUCAACACUCUCAAGUCUGGUGAAGAGGUGAAUGGAGUAUUAAACAAGAUUAAAUCGUAUCAACCGACGUUCAAUACGUUCAACCUAGUUUUCACCUCAUUGCAAGACAACAACGUACAGCCUGAUGAUUUGAAGAAGAUAUACAAUGCUUGGAGGGGAUUCUGCAAGACACCAUAUGAGAAAGCUCAAGCUGCCUUGGCCUACGCUCAAGUACUAUUAGGCAUCAAAGGGAAAGGGAAAGAAGCGUAUGAUGUUAUAGAAGUUACCAAGAGAGAAGUCAGGGUAGAUGAAGGAGUCGAAAAGUAUCUGGAAGCUGGGUGGAAGAUGCUGGUAGAUGCUGAGUCUGAAGGAGAUAGCGGGGACGAAGAUGAAGAGAUGAGUGAUGAGUGA